GGAAGCGGCACUUUCUGGCUCGGCGUCAGUUUAAGAUUCGUUUUGGCACCUGGGUUUUGGGCCUCUGGAGCAGCGUUGCACUGAAGAACCAGGAUCGCAUUCACCUGUUGAAUAGGCGGCGCAAAGUUCGUGACUUCUCCGCUUUCUUCGCUUACUCACCCUACAGAGAGGCCUUGCGGGCACGAAUGAUUGGC